AUGUCGGGCCUCCCUCCCGGCUGGGAAUGGGACUACGACGGCGCCCGCUGGUUCUACCGAUACAAGCCCAACGGCCACGUCCAGUUCCAUUUUCCCAAAGAAGGCGACGAAUUCCCCGACUUCAUUGACAACUUCGCACCGGUACCUGACCUCGCCCCCGAAGAAAAGCUGGAAAGCCAGCAACAGCUCAAGAGGCGCACCACGGUCGAUACCGAUCCGCAGUCCAAGAUGCGCGCCACUGGCGGGCCUCUGACUGACUUUGGCAUGAACCGAAGUGGCUUCGGAGGGCCCAUGAGCAACGAUGACGACGACGAUGGCUUCUUCUUCCAACCGGAAAACUUCAUGUAUCUGGGUCCCGGUGCCUAUACAGAUGUCAGUCCCGAGGCUGACGAGGACGAGCGGGAAGAGCCCCUCAAGAAGGCUGGCGGGAGCGACGGUGUCGAAUCUAACAGCAAGAACAAGGCACUGCUCGACGCGGCCAGUGAGAAACCGGGUGUGUCGCCUCUUCAAAGCGAGGCCAAUACCCCUUCCGUCAUCAACAGUGUGCCGGUGCAAGAAGCAAGCGUUGUGCAGGAACACAUCACGACAGGACCCCCCGCUGAGCCACCCCUCAUAAUCAACACUCAAGACCUCCCCGUACCCGCUAGCACUGUCGCGGCUUCUCCCGAUGUUCCUCUUUUGGAUUCCGUUGAAAAGCCUCGCCAGGGCCCGUCUUCUACCUUCCAGCCGCCGCCAUGGGAUCCUGUAGGGAUCAUGGCCGAGAUGGCUACAGAGCAUACCGCCCCAGCUCAUAUUGAAGUCCAUCCAGACCCCGUAGAAAUGGCUGAUAACGCCGUACUGGCUCCUAUAGAGACGCGAGUCGUCGACUUUGGCAUUGCCGAACUGUCUGAACGGACGAGCCCUUCAGACCCCAAGCCGCCCGCGCAAUCGACUCACGAGCUACUUCAUCAGACAAACAUGAGUGACGAUGCUUUGUACGGAGCAACGUUUGGGACAGGAUCAAGGCCUCAGACUUCGUCGCCGCCUCGCGCAUCGCAGGUCUCUUCAGACCCCAGCUCACAUGCUGUGGGGGACGAGACAAAGCCCGAUAGUUCACUUGCCUCAUCAGCACCCCAAAAGACGCCAAACCCACCGACAGAUGCCAACAACACGACUCUCGCCAUCAAGCGGAAGCCCUCAAAUUCAGAGGCAAGCCAAAGCAAAUACCAACCUUACGUCCCUGGUGUCACAAGCAACGCAACUCCGGUUCACCCAAACAAAGAACUCGACUUCAAGCCCCGAGACCAUAGUAACUCUCUGUCAAGAGAAAUGUCCCUGAUGAUGGGCCCGCGUCCCAAGCUCGAUCAGAAAAGCAUCCCAUCUAUCCUGCAGCCUCCGCAAGUGCCACCGAAAGUUCCGGUUCAACUCAACCAGCCGCCGCAAACCCUGCAUCGCUCCCAAUGCCCCGAGAUUGUACUCAAGGUCCAAGUGCUGAUAUCGGUGUCAGCCAAAUCUCAGAUGCGGGCCCGCAGGGCAAUUUGCAACAUGUUCCGUCGGUGUUGA